GUCAGUAUCAGCUGAGCGAACUUAUUGUUUUGACAACAAACAAAGAACCAAAAUUUUAUUAAGAAAUUGAAAGGCUUAAAAAUGGGUAAAAUAUUUCUUGACCACAUUGGUGGUACUCGUUUAUUCUCUUGUGCUUCUUGCGACGUAAAUCUGACCAAUCGUUCAGAGCUGAUCAGCACCCGUUUUACUGGAGCUACAGGUCGGGCAUUUUUGUUCCAUAAGGUUGUAAACCUAGUUUACUCUGAAGUGCAAGAUCGUGUGAUGCUGACGGGCCGACAUAUGGUGCGCGAUGUCUCCUGCAAGAACUGUGGCACUAAGUUAGGAUGGGUUUAUGAGUUUGCUACUGAGGAAAACCAGAGGUACAAGGAGGGGCGAGUGAUCUUGGAGAGAGCUCUGGUGACUGAAAGUGAUGGCAUUGAAGAAAUUCAAGUCAAUAACGAUGACUAACUGACUACUUUUACAUGACUUCAAAAU